AAAACAGAGGGGAAAGACACCACCCUCCCACACCACCGGAGGAAACUUAAACCACCACCAAGUCACUCCCCUUCACUACAGCUCCGUGCUCCAGGACAUCAGCACUGCAACCCGGCACGCUCCUGCUCCCACAGGUGCCAGCGCAUACGAGCUCCCUGUAUCGCUGACACCACCUAGAAGGGAUCAAGAUGUUGGUGCUACUGGCUGGUAUCUUCGUGGUUCACAUCGCCACUGUCAUCAUGCUCUUCGUCUCCACCAUUGCCAAUGUUUGGAUGGUGAGUACUUACAGCUACGAAACAGCCUCAUCUGGACUCUGGCUACUGUGCAACAAGACCUGCAGUCAGCUGCUAGUCAGCAAUGAGGAUAAGGCUUCCCUCAGAACUGUGCAAGCCUUUAUGAUCCUCUCGAUCAUCUUCUCCGUCAUCGCGCUUGUCGUGUUCAUUGCUCAACUGUUCACCCUGGAGAAAGGCAAACGUUUCUACAUCACUGGAGCCAUCAUGCUGGUUUGCUGGCUGUGCAUUCUCAUUGCAGUCUCCAUUUACACAGCUCGGUUCACAGGCCAGAUAUUUGCGUCCGUAAAUUCUCACCAUGGCUACUGCUUCAUAUUGGCCUGGAUCUGCUUUUGCUUCAGUUUCGUCAUUGGCAUCCUCUACCUUGUUCUUAGGAAAAAGUAAGCCUGAUGAGAGUCCAAGGGAGAGGGUUGGCUACUGGGAAUGGGGAAGAAUUGCU